AUGCUCGCGCGCCGCUUUCUAUCUUCAGCAGCCUCCCUGCCCCCCACCAUCCGCCAGCUCCUUUCUCACCCUCCUGCGCCCUCUGCCGAAGCGAUACAUGUCAAUGGCUGGGUGAAGUCCAUUCGGAAGCAGAAGCAGCUCGUGUUCGCCGUCAUCUCGGAUGGCUCCUCCGAGGCCGGCCUCCAAGCCGUCUUCAAAGACGUCACUUUGGCAAAACGUUUGACCAAUGGCGCAAGUGUACGGGUGUCAGGGACGUUAACAGACAGCCGUGGAGCAGGUCAGGCUAAGGAGCUGCUUGUUUCCGACGUCGAGGUGAUCGGGGAAUGUGAUCCAAAAACAUACCCCAUGCAAAAACAAGCCUUGACAGUAGAAUACUUGCGGGACCACUGUCACUUGCGCGCCCGCACCAACGAGAUCGGUGCCAUGCUGCGACUGCGUGAUACCACCACCAGAGUAUUAAACGACUAUUUCCAAGUGGGCCAACAUUUUUCCUUCAUGUCUCGCGCGUACUCAUGUUCUCAGAAUAAUGGCUUCGUCCACAUACACACACCUAUAAUCACGUCCAACGACUGCGAAGGCGCAGGCGAGACUUUCCGCAUCGUCGCUUCCUCUGACUCCCCGUCCCUUUCCUCUUCCACCACCACGCAGAUUGCUCCAGCACCUCCCACCACCGACGCCUCACCCUCAGAAUACUUCAACCACCCCGCAUAUCUGACCGUCUCCUCCCAACUCCACCUCGAAGCCGUCGCAUCCGCCAUCUCGCGCGUGUACACGCUCUCCCCCUGCUUCCGCGCCGAGCGCUCCCAGACAAGCCGGCACCUCGCCGAGUUCUGGAUGCUCGAGGCCGAAUGGGCCUUCACCUCCUCCGUCGAAGACAUCUGCGCGGGCGUCGAGGGCGCCCUCCGCGCCGUCCUCCGCGCGCACCUCGACAGCCCGGACAUGGCCGCCCUCCACCGCGGCAAGCCGCACGACCGCCGCCCAGAGCUCGCCGCGCUCGCCGACGCCCCACAGCCGUGGACGCGCAUGACAUACACCGAGGCCAUCGCCGCGCUCGAGGCGCACCACGCGACGCGUGCCUUCACGUUUGCGCCCGCGUGGGGACGCGCGCUGCAGAGCGAGCACGAGCGCUGGCUCGCGGACGAGCUCGUCCGCGGGCCCGUGUUCGUCACGGACUACCCCGCGGAGCUCAAGCCAUUCUACAUGCGUGCGAACGACGACGCAGUGGGGGCGCAGGGCCCGACCGUCGCGUGCUUCGACCUGCUCAUCCCCGGGCUGGGCGAGCUCGUGGGCGGGUCGCUGCGCGAGGAGCGCUUGAAGCUGCUGGAGGCGGCGAUCGAGCGGCAUGGGCUGGACAAGGCGGACUAUGCGUGGUACAUGGACCUGCGCAAGUAUGGGGGCGCGCCGCACGGCGGGUUUGGGAUGGGCUUCGAGAGGUUGAUCAGCUGGAUUAGUGGGAUCGAGAGCGUGCGGGAGUGCGUAGCGAUGCCGAGGUGGGCGGGCAGGAUGCUGCUGUGA